GAGGCGCGCCGGCGUCCAUUAAUGUUCGCGUACGGGGAAUAAUGGCAAUGUGCACAAUAUUACGAUGUGCUCCUGUUAGUUUGACGUCCUCGCUCCCUCGACUGUCAAACAGAAACGCUCUGACUCCAGCUAGACUGCUGGCGAGGACAUGUUAUAAAAGACCCCUGAGCACCACCACUCGAUUUUGUGCAGCACUGAAGUUCACUGACAAACACGAGUGGGUUCGCGUGGACAGUGGUGUGGCAACUGUGGGCAUCAGUAAUUUUGCACAGGAGGCACUGGGGGACGUGGUCUUCUGUGGGCUCCCUGAAGUUGGCACAAAAUUAUCACAGUCUGAUGAGUUUGGUGCUCUGGAGAGUGUUAAAGCAGCGAGUGAGUUAUACUCUCCUCUGACUGGUGAGGUGACAGAUGUCAAUGAUGCAUUGGCAGACAACCCAGGACUGGUCAACAAAUCUUGCUAUAAAGACGGCUGGCUGAUGAAGAUGACCGUAUCUAUUCCUGAGGAAUUGGAUGGACUGAUGGAUGAAGCUGCUUAUGAGAGAUACAUCAAAUCUAUAGAGGACUAGAGCGUGUGGCUGGCAUGUUGCAUAUAGGGGAGAAUAAAAAAAAAAAAUCAAUUAAGGAAUGUU